UCCAGAAAAAGGUAUUAUUUAAUAUAUUUAAAAAAUAAAAGGUUAAAACGGAAAAAACUCGACCAUAAAAUCUGUCUUCGUCCGCCUUGUCUGCGUACUUCCCUGUCCAACUUUCUUUCAUUUUCUUUCCUUUUCUUCCGAACACUCCCUCUCUCUUCCUCUUCAACUCAUGGACUCGGCGAAACCAAAGGUAUCUCUCGAGGUUCCGCCUUAUCUUCGAGUUUACAAAGAUGGCACCAUCGAAAGACUCCUCGGAAACGACGUCGUCCCCGCGUCCGUCGAUUCCCAAACCGGCGUUCUCUCUAAAGACGUCGUCGUCGUCCCCGAAACCGGCGUAUGGGCCCGCCUCUACCGCCCCAGCUCUUCGCCCAACCCCCGCAAACUUCCCCUUUUGCUCUACUUCCACGGCGGAGCCUUCUGCAUCUCCUCCGCCUCCGACCCUCUGUACCACCGCAGCCUCAACUCCCUUGUCGCCGAGGCCAACGUCGUCGCCGUCUCUGUCAACUACCGUCUAGCGCCGGAGAAUCCUCUCCCCGCCGCCUACGAGGACUCGUGGGCAGCACUUCAGUGGGUCGCUGGAGAAGUGGGCCGGGAAGCUUGGCUAAGGGAGCACGCCGACUUUGAUCGGGUCUUCCUGGUCGGAGACAGCGCCGGAGGGAACAUUGCGCACCACUUGGCUUUACGGGUUGCGGAGUCGGAUCGGGUUGGCGGGUUGAGUAUCCGCGGCGUCGUUUUGAUCCACCCUUACUUCUGGGGGCAAGAGCCGAUCGGGUCGGAGGUGGAGGAUCCGGCGAGGAAGGCGAUGGUGGACAGGUGGUGGGUGUUCGUGUGCCCGUCGGAGAGAGGGAACGACGAUCCGAUGAUCAACCCGUUUGCGGAUGGGGCUCCGAAUUUGGCGGGGCUGGGGUGUGGUCGGGUGCUUGUGUGUGUGGCGGAGAGAGAUAUAUUAAGAGACAGAGGACGGCUUUACUACGAGUCGUUGGUGAAGAGUGGGUGGGGCGGGACGGCGGAGAUGGUGGCGACGCCGGGGGAGGAUCACGUGUUCUAUAAAUUCGACCCGAAUUGUAAGAACGCUCUUGAUUUGUUCAAACGCUUGGCUUCUUUCAUAAAUGAAAGGGCAUGAUUGAAAUUAAUAAGUAUUAUUUUGCAGUAAGAAAUGAAAUAGAAUGAAAAUCGAAAAGAAUCCAAUUCUAAAA